GAGAAUGCACUCUUCUUCAUAUGCCCUUUUGUAGCCACACGUAUUAGAGAGAAAUCCACUGCAUAGCACUGUGCCGCAUCCCAGCAUGUAUGCUGCCUGGAAGGAUUCACCCGGCCCAAUGAAUGUUUGCCAGCACUGCAGCGUCUCCAUCUCGCUGCUCAGGCGCGCCCCAUAUUUCCUGAACGCAAAACACAUUACUUCAUAUCGCUCCACUGAAUAUCGAAACAGCAAAAUACUACUAAGUAAGUCGCUUCUCUAAGCUUCGUCUGCUUCAUCUGCUUCCUGUGAACAACGGAUGCGAUCGCGCAAUAUAUAAUCAGCGAAUAAGAUACCCCGGGCUACCGCCGAGCAAAAUCACCCCAGGACACGGCGGAGAAGAAGCAAACUACGUUUAUGUGUAUGAUGCCAAAUCUUGAAAAGUUCAAGUGAGAAGAAAUGGACCUCAGUAGUGCAACUCAAGACUCAAUCUUGCUAACGAUAGCAAGGAGCGCAAGUAAAGAAGUUCCAACCGUCAAAAUGAAAGCGGCAACCGUAAAAGCCGUCUGUGCAUCACCACCU